AUGGUUCUGCCGGGGAACUUGCUCAAGCUGGGGCUAGGGCUCAAUCCACGUCGAGAUCUUCGUUCCGGACAAGACGGAGCCCUCGUCCGCGUUGACAAUGCCGCUCAAGGUAUUCCGUCGUACGCGACGAAUAUUGAACGUUUUCAUUACACGGUGAAACGGGCGCGGAGUAUUAUUGAGAGCCGCGAUACUACCGUGCCCGUGCCCAAGUCAGAACUUCAUAGUAUUUUGACCAAGAUUGAAGAACUGGAGCGGCAGGUGAGGGCGCUGAUGAAUGGGGACAGCGCUGAACCUACUUCGCCUACUCCUAGAUUGGGGCCCGGAUCCUCACCUCCUUCUGACAACAAGUACGGCUCGGGCGGUGCCAGUGACCAGGACUGUGAUGCAGAGAACUUGAUCUAUGACCUGGGAGCGAGAGCCGUUGUGGAUGCGGACGGACAUGUAAGUGGACACCCUUUAUUCCGUAGAAAUGCUAACUGCCCCAUGGAAUCGGCCGUCAAUGGCAAGAAUUCUGCCAACGCCAGUGGUUCAAGUGAUUCUCCCAAGGGAUCUGCUAAAAGCGGUACGGCUGCCAAUGGAGGGGAUCACAAAGCAAAUCCAAACGCCUCUCCUCCAACUGGCGAUGCCUCCGCGUAUAACCACAAGUCCGGCCAUUCCAUGGGUACAGACACCUCCCCAGGAGAAAAGCAGAAGGCCAAGGCAGAGGGUGGCAAAGGAGCUGCCGUGCUUGACGUACCUGCUAGCGAAGCUCACACCGGCUCGCCUCAGGUCGUGUCAGCCACGGUAGAAAUGGUUGAAGUCAAGAUUGUGCCCGUCAAUGGGGAGCUUGUCACGGCGACAGUUACCAGGACAACCACCAGACUAUCAACGGUCACGGUUGGACGACAGCACAAAGCCACAGACUCUGCUGCAAAGGAGACCUCGGACGACACUGGCGUUGCAACGAAAGAACCCCAAGACGGCACCAGCAAGGGUGUUGAGAAGCCCAAGAUUACUCAGAAUGUUCCCAUGGCACCCGGAUCUGGCAGCUUCGCGCAGUUUUCCAACGACACCUCCAAUUUCUCGAAUAGCACUACGGCUAGCAAUGCUUCCCUGGUUGAGGACCAUAAGACAGCGAAUAUCACUGUUGAUGAGAAGAAGUCUUUCAAUCGCACUUCUAUCGAGGAGACGAAAGGGCCUGAGCCAAUUAACAACGCACCCGUCCAAGGAAUUGAAAAAAAGGGAAAUACCACAGCCCCUCAGGACGCGGUGAGCCUCACUCCAGAAGGAUCUGCCAAUCAUACCGCCACGCCGGACAGGGUCGUCAGCACUCCUAGCCAGCAAACGGCGAAUCUCACCGAGACUGAAGACUUGGGGGCAAAGGCCUCCACCACGACGUCAGAUAACGUCGUCAGCACUCCUAACCAGCAGGCGGCGAAUCUGACUGGGGCCGAAGGCCCCGGGGGAAAGACCUCCAACACCACGGCGCAUCAAGUCGCCACCACUCCUAAUCAGCAGGCGUCGAAUCUCACUAUGACUGAAGAGUCCGGGGACACGGCCUCCAGCACCGUGGCAGAUGAGGCGUCCUCCAGCAGCGCUUCUGACCCAGAGACAAACUUCGCCCCAGACACCAACAAUCCAAACGAAAGGGUCAAGAUUAUCACCGUCGUCCCCAUCCCAGCCCAGUUGGCCAGCGCGUCACCUGCCACGGCUACUGCCGCCGUGACACCAGACAUGGCGGGGGAGAAGCCCGAGCCGGUCACCAGUGCUGCAAUUGGAGCCAACGAACCUGCGCCCCGAGCGGAGACGGGUUUCAAGACGGUGCGUGUGCCCUAG